AUGGCUGCUGCUUACACCAUCUUAGGAAAGUCUGUUCCAUCUCACCAAUUGGCUAUUGCCACGUUAGGUGCUGUUGCCUUUGUCUGCAUUCCAAAACCAUGGGCUCCCCCAGCUCCAGCCCACCCUCCUACUAAUGCCAGUUCCGCCGAGGAAGAAAAGUUUAUCAAGGAAUUUUUAUCCAAAAACCAGGCUGAAAAGCACUAG